AUGAACAGCAAUCAGGCGUUCCCAGCUCCUCCCGUCGAAAUCUUUGUCGACACGCGAGGAGCACAGAUCAUGGAGGAUGGCGCUUCUAGCCCAGAUCAGAGGGACAGCCGUGAUAUCUACCUGCCCAACCACAUUGAGUCUGUAUCUCACAUCGCUGUUGAUGUGGGGGGCUCGCUUGCCAAGGUCGUCUACUUCACCCGUUCACGAACCACCGAGUCCGUGCCAUCGUCGCCCACCUUCUCCUCCCCAGCCAGCCUUUCUGCGCCUCUAGCACCUGCUGCUGGUGCAUCCACCUCCACGCCCAACACGCUUUCGCCCAAACCCAGCACCUCCAGCUUCCGUUCGCGCCAGCCCUCAGCCAACGGCGCCGUACCGUCUGGCUUCCGUACACCACCUUCGCAGCUCGAUUAUCCCAUCGCAUCAGGCACAUUGACACCAACAGCCAUCCUCGGCUCUCCGCAGCUCGCUUCGGCUUCAGCCAUUCACUCCACUCUCCUCAAGCGCCGCUCCCUCCCAGCGGCUUUGCCAGGAGGACGGCUCAAUUUCAUCAAGUUUGAGACCAACAACAUCGACGAAUGUAUCCACUUUCUGCGCGAACUCAUCGAGCGCUCCGCUGCCGCCAACGGCGUCUCGAUACAAGACAUGCGCAAAGGCGUCAAGCUCAUGGCCACAGGCGGAGGUGCCCAUCUCAUGUAUGACCUCUUUGAGCAGGAACUCGGCAUCGAAGUCAACAAGGAAGACGAGAUGGGUUGCCUUAUUACUGGUCUCAACUUCAUCACUCUGAUCCCCGACGAGGUCUUUUGGUAUUCGGACGAGCUGGUCGCAGCCUUGCAUUCGCCUCUCCCACAAAACCCAGAGGCCAGAGCAGACGCGCAGGCGUUGCGAUCAUCCGUGCCCCUGCAGCAUCCCUUGCCCCGUCCAUCGCCCAACCCGCCCCUGUAUGCGCCCGUCUUUGACUCGCAUCCCUCGCCCAAGCUGCCCUGUCUGCUCGUCAACAUUGGCUCGGGUGUCUCGAUCAUCAAAGUCGAUGACUUCGGCAAAUUCGAGCGAGUUUCAGGCACCUCGCUUGGUGGCGGUACUCUGUGGGGUUUGCUCUCCUUGCUUACAGAGGCAGAAACCUUUGACGAGAUGCUCGAGCUCUCCGAACAGGGAGACAAUGCAAACGUCGAUAUGCUGGUCGGCGACAUUUACGGCUCGGUGGGACUCAACCACCUCGGCCUCAAGAGUUCAACCAUUGCCUCUUCGUUCGGCAAGGUCUUCCGCAAAGAUCCAAACUCGUCCGCGCCUCGCAACGCCGAAGAGCGCCGCAAGAAGUUUAAGUCGGAAGACAUCUGCAAGUCGCUCCUCUACGCCAUUUCGAACAACAUUGGACAAAUCGCCUACAUGAACGCGGAAAAGUACAAUCUCGACCGUAUCUAUUUUGGUGGCUGUUUCAUUCGCGGCCAUCAGGCUACCAUCAGUACGCUCUCGUACGCCAUCCGCUUCUGGAGCAAAGGCACAAAGCGCGCUUUCUUUUUGAGGCACGAAGGCUACCUCGGCGCGAUUGGUGCGUGGAUCAAGCAUGUAUCGCAGGACCCGACCUCUUCCGCUUCCAACACUCGGGCCGCAGCACAGGCUAUGGCGGCUGCCAUGGCGAGUACAUCAACAGCGGGGAGAUCGACACCAUCCGUGCCGUCGGGUCUUGGACGUUCCGUGUCGCCGGCUUCUUCCUCCGACGAGCCCCUUGAUUGGGCACAGAUCCAAGCAGCAGCACUUCAACCGCCGGUGCUUAACGGUGAUGGGCUGCCCGAACCCGUUGCACCAGGCUCGUCGGUAGUGCUGCCCAAUCCGCAACUAACUCGUUUUCAGCAGCAGGAAGGUGCAUUUGAAGCGGACAACAAGACGCCGACGCAGGAGUCAACGCAAGAGGAGAAGCAGCUGGGCUCGCAGCAAUCCGAUCUCGAUUUCUUGAAUGGUCUCAUGUCGCAGCGGCAGAGCCAGCCGGUCCAACCGAAAGCGAAUGGCAUCAGUCACGACAGUACUGACACUCAGCAGGAGGAGGAGGAGGAGGAGGAGGAGGCGGCGGCGGAAGAAGCAGAAGUCGCAGGCAAAGACGAAACAGCGCAGCUCAACGAGAUCCUCGCAUCGCUCCAGUCACUGCAGAUCCCCGCUGCAAGCACCGGGGCGGAUCCGGCUGUAGCACAGGCUGAGCGCAAUGAAAUUCUUAGCUUGCUCGCCAACCUCGAGCAGACCGAGGAGGUGGUCGGCGGGUUGGAGGGCAAGCUCGACGGCUUGCUUUCGUCGCUCGAUUCAUUGAUAGCGAAUCAGGAGGCUCAGCAACUGGCACAGCGCGCGGUCGACAGCGCUACUUGA